AUGAGCAAGAAACUGAGUAGUCUGUUCAGCAAGAAGAAAAGCGGAGGAAGUGGAUCGGCGCCUGAGGGAGGAGGAGGUGCUGCUGAUGACUUAUCAACGGGGGGAGCAGGAAUGGGAUCCAAGUCAGCAGGAGGCUCCUUAGGUGGAUCCGGUCUUGAUGACCCAGGAGCUGGGGGAGGUGGAGGUUCCCUGUCAAAAGGCGGAUCUUUGGGUGGAUCUGGACUCGACGGUGGUGGUGGGGGUUCGUUAGGAGGCGGGGGAUCUGGUUUGGAUGGAGGUGGGGGUUCUGGUUUGGAUGGAGGCGGUGGUUCUUUAGGAGGUGGUGGGGGAUCUUUAUCAAAAGGUGGAUCACUAGGUGGUGAUGGAUCUGGUUUGGACGGAGGCGGAGGGUCUUUAGGAGGUGGUGGGGGAUCUUUAUCAAAAGGUGGAUCCCUAGGAGGUGGCGGGGGAUCUUUAUCAAAAGGUGGAUCCCUAGGAGGUGGUGGUGGAUCUUUAUCAAAAGGUGGAUCCCUAGGAGAAGGUGGGGGAUCUUUGGGAGGUGGUGGGGGAUCUUUAGGUGGAGCGGGAUCGGGAUUGGAUGACAAAGCGGGGGGAUCAUUGUCUAAAGGUGGAUCUGGUCUGGAUGGUGGGGGAUCGCUGUCCAAAGGAGGCUCACUUGGAGGAGGUGGUUCUGGUCUAGAUGGUGGAGGUGGAUCGCUAUCUGGAGGAGGUUCGUUGUCCAAAGGAGGAUCCUUGAGCGGCGGUGGAACUUCUCUUGCUCCCGGUGGCUCAAAAGGAGGAAGCAAAGCUUUCGGAGGAGGAAGCUUCAGUGCUAAAAUUUCGAAAUCAAAACCUGGAUCACUAUCUCAAGGUGGAAAAGGCUCUCUAGGAGGAGAGGGAUCAUUGGGAGGAGGAGGAUCGCUCGGUGGAAGCAAGGACUUAGGAGGCUCUCAAACACUAGGAGGAAGCAAAGAUCUUGGUGGAAGUCAAUCUUUAGGUGGUAGCAAAGACCCCGGAGGCAGUCAGUCUUUAGGAGGAUCGAAAAUGUCCUUAACUCCUGGCGGCGAAUCAAUGGGCGGCGGGGGAUCCAAAUUGGGCGGUGGCUCAAUGACUGAGGGCGGGAAAGAUUCUAUUCAACCAGUUAAUACUAGAAGAAUGGACGAACCAAAGCGAGGUGCAAACAUCAUCACAGGUCCCAAUGGACAAGCCGUCGCUGCUGAAGACUACAAGGAGCAUUGUGCACAUGAAUUGACCUUCAAAAUUGGAGAUAAGCUAAAUAUAAUUCAGUACACUGAAGAUCCUAAAUGGGCAGUUGCCCGAACUGCCAAUGGUCGAAAAGGGUUAGUUCCUGUGAGUCAUUUUGAAAGGGCUCCCGCUGCGGCUCUUGAGUCUAUGCAGGUGUAUCUCGGAAACUUAUCAAAACCGAAAGCCGAAGAGAUGCUACGUACGGAACCCUACGCUGACGGAAAAUUUCUCGUUCGUGAGAACCCACAAUACCAGGGGGAAGUAACGUUGUCGGUUGCUUUCUCGGAUCGUACUUCGGGUGCGCAGAAGUUCGCCCACUACCGAGUCGCUAAAGACGAGAUGGGGAUGGUAUUCGUGGCCGAAGAAAAGAAGUUUACGAGUGUGCGACAGCUGAUCGACUUCUACAUGAAUCAGCAGUCGGGUCUAGUGACCAAGCUGGGCAUAUGGUUCAAAACUCAUACCGACAAGAAAAAAAACGCGACGAUAGAGCGUGGCGAGGUGCAGACUGAGGCGGAGAUAGGGAGAGGCCACUAUGGGAAAGUGUACAAGGGCAGGUACCAGACGAAAGAAGCCGCAAUCAAAAUACUUCAUAACAGAUCGGCUGAAAAUGCGGUGGUGGAGGACGGAGGCCGAAUGGCAAGUGUGGACCACCCGAACGUCGUCAAGUACUUCGGGUUUGUGCAGGACGAGAUCUUCUGGGUGGUGAUGGAGUACUGUUCCAAGGGCAGUCUCCUAGAGAUCCUAAAGGGGUCCAAACCCCCUCCUGAUAAACUGAACACGGUACUCGUUUGA